AUGACUGGUAUGCUAACAGAAGAUCCAUUUGCAUUACGAUCACAUUUCAAAUUAUAUCAAUUAAAAGUCAGACAUUUAGUUCAAGAAACACAACAACGUCGAGAAAAUGAAGUACGUCUAAGACGUGAACGUACAAUUGAAUUAAAACGAAAUACAGUUAAACAUCAACAAUUAAUAUCGUAUAAAGAUUUAAAUCAACUUGCCAUUGAUUCAUUAUUUGAAAAACGUUUUCAUCGACAAUAUAUGGAUCAUGUUAAAAAACGAAUUAAAAAUAAUAAUGUAUUUGUCGUUCAACAAUCACAACCACAAAAAAAUAUAUUUAUUGAAUAUGAUACUAAAGACGAUUUAAAUUAUAUUACAUCAACAUUUACAAAUUUUAGUGAACAAACAAUAUCAGCUGAUUUAAUGGAUAGUUUGAAUUCAUCAAAUUCUGAUAAGAAAAAAUCAUCACAUCAACAACAACCACCGCGAACAUCACUGACAUCUCGAUACGAUCAAACACAAUUUCGACAAAUGAUUGAUGGUAGUCUAAAUUCUAAUUCAAAAAGUCCUGAUUGGUUAACGAGUCAAAAAAGUUUUUUAAAUGAUAAUUCGGGUGAUACAACCGAUGAUGAAUUAGAAAAAGUUGAAUUGCCCGAUGUUGUGCCACCUACUAUCACGCAAAGUACUAAUCAGUUAUAUAUACAACUGCGUCGUGGACAAAUACAAUUGCAAAAAUUAGUUAGUACCAGUCGUCCGAACACAACAACUAAAUUUGAUUCAAGACAACUUAAUACUCGUUCUACAGGAGAAGAUAAUUUAGUUAAAAAACCCAAAUUCAAAGAAGUAAAACAACAAGAACAGAGACAAACAAAAAAAAUCAAUACAAAUAUAAAUAAUAAUAGUGUUAAACCAUCGGAUACUAUUAGUAAAAUACGAAAAAAAAUGCAGAGUGCACCAUCUACUUCUAUUAUCGAUGUUAAAUCGAAUAAAAUAUUGCUGACUGAUGAACAACAACAUCAACAUCAGUCUGCCACUCUAAAGAAUGAAGAUGUUGAUGAUAUUAUUGAACGUCGAUCGAGUAUAUCAUUUAUACAUGCGGUAACAUCAAGCAGAGAGGUUGAUGACUAUUCAUCUAUACGCAAAUAUGUUCUUGGAACCAUAUUGAAACAUUUAAAAGAGGUACCACACACUCAAAUGGAAUCAAAAUGGACUACGUUUAGAGAGUUUGAUGAAAAAUUUUCACGAAGUAUAUUGAAUGUAUACUCAAAUUUUGAAAGAAUUGUUUUAUAA